GUACUCCAUGGCCUACCAAAAAAAGAAAGAAAAAUCGCGGCAUACCCUUAUCCUUUGGGAUCACAAAACGUAAUCCAAAUUCCAAACAAUCACGAGUCCAUACUACCACUCAGGCUCCAUCCAUGGCAGGGACCGACACCAACGCCCCGAGAAGAAGGCUGGCCUCCGUUUCCAACCACCUUGCUCCGGUUCGCUGGGCUUCGAGCAAUGGCGGUUCGAUUGGGUUCUGUGAUUGUAGCGGUUCAAUCAACGAUAGCUACCACCGGAUACAUGGACAAGUCCCGACCCACGAGCCUGUUUGGAGAGCUGUUGCUUGUGACGACAGUGGUAAGGAGUAUACGGACAUUAUCUACGAGAAAGCUGUUGGAGAAGCCAUUGCGAAGAUCACAAUAAACAGACCAGAGCGCAGAAAUGCUUUCCGACCACAUACAGUGAAGGAGCUUAUAAUAGCAUUCAACGAUGCCAGAGAUGAUAGUUCAGUCGGAGUCAUCAUUCUUACUGGAAAGGGAACGGAAGCAUUUUGUAGUGGUGGGGACCAGGCAUUGAGAAACAAAGACGGCUAUGCUGAUUAUGAGAACUUUGGUCGCCUUAAUGUUCUAGAUUUACAGGUGCAGAUUCGGCGUCUUCCAAAACCUGUUAUUGCUAUGGUUGCAGGUUAUGCUGUUGGGGGAGGACAUGUCUUGCAUAUGGUUUGUGAUCUAACAAUUGCAGCAGAUAAUGCUAUUUUUGGUCAAACGGGUCCAAAGGUUGGAAGCUUCGAUGCUGGCUAUGGAAGUUCCAUUAUGUCCCGGCUGGUUGGGCCUAAAAAGGCGCGUGAAAUGUGGUUUUUGGCAAGGUUUUAUACUGCUUCAGAAGCAGAGCGAAUGGGACUUGUCAACACAGUUGUCCCAGUAGAGAAGUUAGAAAAAGAAACAGUUAAGUGGUGUCGAGAGAUCUUACGAAACAGCCCAACUGCGAUUCGGGUGCUGAAAUCUGCUCUUAAUGCAGUUGAUGAUGGGCAUGCUGGACUCCAGGAACUUGGAGGAAAUGCCACUCUGUUAUUUUAUGGAACUGAGGAGGGCAAUGAGGGGAAGACAGCAUACAUGGAACAUAGACGACCGGAUUUCUCAAAAUUCCCUAGACGACCCUAAUGUUCGUUGAUUUCUCUCAAAUUUUUAUCAACCUUGUGACUUCCAAGACUAGGUGAUCGAGUCUCAAAUUUGUUUAGGCCUGGAAAACAAAAGCAGAUGCAGAAAUCGUUCUCUCUGUUCUCUGGUAACCUAUGUGUCUAUCCGCGUGCUCUAUUAAUGGACAUGUAAUUUGCUCUUGCUGGGAAGAACAACCCCUCUUGUUUUGAGUGAUGUUACUGAUGUAAGGGCUGAUAAAUAAUUAUUCUUAAUAGAAGCCUUGUUUUUGUUUUUCUGUGGCA